CCAAUUCAGGGUAUUUGACAAAAGUGAACGUUAAAAGUUUGAAGCACUCCUGUUCCAAAGCGCGUGAGAGUUAAUACGGUUUAGAAUUUAUUUCAUUACUCAUAUCGAUCAUAGCAAAACAGUGCAUAAUGACAUCAGAAUCAACAGCGAAUCUAACAGAUAGGAUGGAGCGACCUACUCAGGAGUCGUCUUCGAAAGAAGAAAACAAUACGGAGCAAGUAGAUUUGAGUUUGGGAGAUAUAGUUCAAACCAUCGGCCGAUUAGAUUUGAACAACUACGCCACGAGGAAGUCUUUUGCCCAGGGCAUGUUGGACCUGGCCCUGUUGACAGCUAAUGCGUCCCAGUUGAAAUAUCUUCUCACAGUCGGUGAAGCACACGAAUUCUAUCAUCUACUUUUGACGCUCGUGAUUCUCUCAAUAUCUCUCCAGGUUUUCCAGGCAGUCAUGAUAAUCAUUUUGGCAAUUGUACUCGAUAUCAACAAAGUUGAGCAACAUCGAAGAUCGGACAUACUAAACAACGUACUCAUAAUCUUCACCGUCAUAAGCGUAGUCAUUAAUGUUAUAAUUAGUGCGUUCGACAUGAAAACUCAGAAUGAUCUUUUACAAAUAAAUUAAGAAUAAUCUUAUUCGGUAAUGGGAGAGAAUAUUUUAAUUCAAAAUUUAUUUACCGUAUCAACCGACGAUAUUAGCUGAGAAGAAUUAUUAUUCUAUAAACAAUUUUAUAAGAGUUAUAAGUUGACAGAAAUGCAUAUUCACUUAGUUGCCAGCAAAAGGUCCAUGAACU